UCGCGUUUCCCGACGCGUCAGUUGCUCGCGAAUUCGCAACUCGCGCGCACGUUUUUUUUUCGCGUCGCUCUCUGCGUUGUCCGCCGUGCUUACAAACGACCCUUGACCGUUUCCUUGUUCCAUUCCUCGCGAUAUUGUCCAUCGAUUCUACAUUUUCCUCCUUCUCGACAACGAUCGUAAUCGCGAUCACGUUCCAAGGAUCGGCGCGUUGCGUUGCCAGCUUCGUUCGGCCUUGACGAUUUUCCGCGACGACGCGCGUCGUUUUCGAAAGCUAAUCGACCGAGGAAACUGGCUAUCGCAUUUUCCUCCAAGUUGUUAUCUCUAUUUUUCUAUCAGCUUUCCUCUCGACAGGCGCAUCGAUUUAACUAUCUAACGAGCGUUUCUGUCGAAUCAACGACGUAACGAGGCGCGAAACGCGGUUACGUAAGCUCGAGCCGGUGUUCGACCAGCCGGGAACUAGGACGCGCGAGCGAACGAUCGCAAAUAUCCUUGGCACCGUGCUCGAUACUCGAGGCUCGGACGGGUACGCGGCCGGAAACGAGCGUCGAACGCGACGAUGCUCGCUCCUCUCCUCGUAACGAUCGCGAUUUGCGGAUUCGUGACGAAAACCGAAACGCGGGAGAAUUGUUCCGACACCGGCUGGGAGAAAAUCGGCAGCGUCAAACCGGAAUCCAUAAGCUCACAAACGAUUCUGUACAGCGCCGUAAACUCAAAGGGAAUAACGAAACCCUGUUUCGAGAGGUGCGACCGCGUAAACUGCACCGCGUUCGUGGUAGAUUUCGGCCGAAGCGUUUGUUACAGCGUUCGAACGGAGGACGACGAGUUGAUACCGGAAGCGAAUUCGACCUUCUACCAGCGAGUCUGCGUGAAAGUUCCACAGAGUUGCAAACGGGACAGAUUUUGGCAAGUCGAGAGAAGCCCGGGAGCGGUGUUGAUCGAUUCCGGAGCCUUUCACUUGCCUCAACCCAUCACCAGAAACCAGUGUUACGAAAAAUGCGUGGAGACAGGAAGAAGCUGUCAAUCGGCGCAAUUCCGAACGACCAAGCCGCUCUCGUCCGACAACGCGAUCGGCCAAUGCUCCCUAUCGUUGCUCGAACGGGGGAUCAAACCUCGAGCUUACAGAGCCUCCAUGUACAGAGACGAAUAUCUUUGGGAUCAAUGCCGUAACCUGUCGAGACAAGAAUAUUGCUCCUACGCGGAAUUUCCAAACGCCUCCUUACCCUACUCGGACCUCGCGCUGCUCGAUCUUAACGAGAAUCAGUGCCGACAGAGGUGCGACCGGAGCGUGGACGGUUUCAUCUGCCGCGGAUACACGAUGGACAACUCCUCCGGGGAACCGGUAUGCCUGUUGCACUCGGAGGACACGAACGGUCUCGGUGUUAGCUCGCUGAUCGUCGCGUCGAACGUGAUCUACAGGGAACGGGAACCGUGUCUGGACCUGAGGGUACGAUGCGACCAGUUGACGAUCACGAUCGAGCUGAGAACCAACGACCGAUUCUUCGGUCGGAUCUACCCGGUUGGUCACGCGGAGGACUGUGGUGUUCAAGGCGGAGGCGGUAAUCGCACGUUGUUGGUCUUGCCGAUACCGUCCGCCGAUCGUUUACGCGACGGUAAUGGAAUCCAAUGCGGUCUGAACCUUGCCUUCUCCGUCGACGAUCGAAAUCGGACACGACCCCUGGUCUGGACAACGAUCGUGGUGCAGUUCAACCCGAUCGUCCAACGUUUAGGGGAUCAAGCGGUCAAAGUUGGAUGCUCGUUGAACGAUCAAGAACCCCCGAUUCCGCGCAACGUUACCGUCCACUCGAGCUUCAGCUUUCUCGACCCAAACGCAGGAGUACCACCCAUAUCCUCGACCGUCGUGAACGCCUCGUCCCAAGCGCCGAUGGUCACCAUGAGGAUUCUGGACGAAAACUCGAGGGACGCGGUCGUCACGCACUUGGGACAGAAAUUGACGCUGAGAAUUCAACUUGAUCCACCGAACGACGCCUACGACAUCACCGCCGGUCACCUUGUAGCGAGUAGCGCUUCCGGCGACGCUUCCUACUUGCUGCUGGACGAACUCGGUUGCCCCACCGACCCUACCACCUUCCCAGCCUUGACGAAAGAUCCGCUCGACGGCCGCUCCUUGAUCUCGACCUUCGCCGCCUUCAAGUUCCCCGAUAGUCAACUAGUUCGAUUCAACGUGAUCGUUCGAUUCUGUUUGGAAAAGUGUACGCCGACCAUCUGCAAAGGCGAUCAAAUUUCCUACGGUAGGAGAAAACGAGCCGGCGAACCGCGAGAGGAAACUCUUGAAGAACUGCCGCUGCAGCUCUCUAUAAUCGUACAAAAUCCUGUCGCGUCUUCGCCGGAUCGUUUGUCUUCGACGAGACCCAGCGCAUCCCCUGAUACCGUGCUGAUCACCGGUGAAAACUCUGUGGAUGGACUCUUUUGCGUGGACCCUAGCCUCGCUCUGAGCCUGUUGAUAUUCUGGCUGAUCAUACAGAUCGCGUUAAUAGUCGGCUGUCUGUUGACGGUCGCUCAAUACAGACGGACGGCCAUACGAGCGGAAGAGGAGAGAGCCAACGUGCUGGCCAGACACUUGUACGGCAUCCACGGAGGAAACUUUGAAAUCGCGCGGAGGGUCAGAUGGGCCGACCACCGUGCUUCCUCCUCGUCUUUCGAUUAAAUCAUUGCCCCAUUUGUUGCUAUUAUCCGGAAAGUCAGAGUAACGAUACUAUCGGCUUGUGAAAAUGAUUAAAAACAAUAAUAAUUUUAUUUUUAAUUACACGCUAA